AUGAGGCCGAUCAAUCCGUCCAAUAAUCGCCUGUCGCCGCUUUCCGCCGCAUCCCCGGUCAAUGUCCCCAACAAUGCUCCUUCACUACCGGUGCCUCGGGCCAGCAACCACAACCACAACCACAACCACAACCACAACCACGGCAGUCCUUCCAGCUGGGAUAAGCCGGAGCGCGCCCGCACCUCUCACGCCUGUGAGCCCUGCCGCGAGCGGAAGACAAAGUGUGACGGCUCCCGGCCAGCUUGUCGGCGAUGUCUGCAUACGGGCACCACCUGUUACUAUGGCUAUGGCAAGGGCUGGAGGAAGCGAAAGACAGCUGAAGACCUCACGGCUACCUCGCGUCGCCUGGCCCGAUAUGAGACCCUCUUGAAUCAAAUCUUCCCUUUGGUCUCCCCCGAAGUCCGGACAUUGAUCGAGGACGCUCGUGACAACGAAGGUUCAAAUGCCUCCAACACCUCCGAAACAACAGAAAAUGAUUACGGUGUUGCUCCGACACGACUUGAGUCGGGCCUCGUGGGACCUGGAGGUCGAAUUAUCCUGCCACUCCCUGUUCCUAGCCCUCAUGUUCCCGCUGUCUCGCGCUCGUCGACAUCAUCAGGAACCUACGAAGCGGUGCCAAUUCCACCCGUUGGGGUUCCGCCCGCGCUUCCCAACGGGAGUUCCACUUCAAGCCUGCCGACAUCUCAGCGGCUCUCGCCAGACGCCAACUCAUUGACUCGGCUGCCUUCGAUCACCUCGGGAGGGAUCCUGCUCGAGGCUGGUCGACCAGACCAGUCGCCACCGCUACUGGCACAAGGGCCAGGUGGCCCUGAAUCUACUGGCAUUUACGGACCGGAUCGUUUGGGGCCUCUGCCGACCUCCCCCUCAGCUCCCACUUCCCUUGGAGGUUGGUCAAACGCAUUACUGUCUGCAGGUUUACUUGCUGACAACCGGGAAAGAGAUCACGAGGCUGCCCCAGUUCUCCCCUGGCUGACGUCUACCGAGCCCACCACCGUGCAAAACUAA